CGACAGACUUGGGGUGAGCUCAUCUACCUGAAACAUGCAAGCAUUUGUUCUGCUUCUGCUGCUUGGCGUGGCAGCUGCUGCCUCCAUUAAUGAUGACAGAAUCAUUGGUGGAUACGAGUGCUAUCCUCAUUCACAGCCUUGGCAGGUUUCACUUAAUGCCGGAUACCAUUUCUGUGGAGGUUCCCUCAUAAACGACCAGUGGGUGAUCUCUGCUGCCCACUGCUGGUACAACCCCUAUUCUCAGAUAGUGAUUUUGGGAGACCAUCACAUCUGGCAGCAUGAAGGAACAGAGCAGUUGAUGGCUGUGGAUCAGAUCUUCUGGCACCAAAGUUAUGAUUACCAGACCAUGGACCAUGACAUAAUGCUGAUGAAGUUAGCCCACCCUGUAACAUUCACUGCGUACGUGCAGCCUGUCCCCUUGCCUACAAGCUGUCCGACCCCUGGGGAGAUGUGCGUUGUUUCCGGAUGGGGCAACAUCAGAACUGAUAGUGUCUUCAAUCCCUUCAAUCUGCAGUGUGUGGAUGUGCCUAUUCUGAGCCAGCAGGACUGUGAGAACUCCUACCCUGGAAUGAUCACCAGCACCAUGGUCUGUGCUGGGUACCUGGAAGGUGGCAAGGAUGCCUGUCAGGGAGACUCUGGUGGUCCUCUUGUUUGCAAUGGAAAACUCCAUGGGAUUGUCUCUUGGGGUUACGGUUGUGCCGAAGUCAACCACCCUGGUGUGUACACUAAGGUGUGCGCUCUUCUGCCUUGGAUUGAAAACAUCUUAGCCUACAACUAGGAACUGCAUUCACAGCAGAACCACUUAAAAACUGUGUUAACUGACCGGAGAUUUCCAUCAGUUUAAAUGUUCAUAUUAUCAAGUAUAAUUAAAAAUUCACAUGUGCCUUCUGUGACA